GGUAAUGGACACUACAGGGCUGGUGGAGGGGGGAGGUCAUUCCUCCAUAAAUGGUUCCACCCCCGGGCAAGGUGGCUCACUGGCCAGUAACAACGGAGGAGUGUGCACCUGCUGCCCGUCAAGAUCAGCCAGACUGUGAGAAGAGGCAAGGUGGAGCAAGCAGUCAGUGAGCCAUGGACAAAUUCAAGUUCCCGAGCUUCUUCAAGGGCAAGAGAAAGGAGAGAGAGGUGACUUUACCUGAACGUUUACACAGUGAUGAAAAUGAUGAGAAUCAGGACCGUGGUAACUGGUCAAAAAAAUCAGAUUAUCUUCUGUCUAUGAUCGGAUACGCAGUGGGAUUGGGAAACUUUUGGCGUUUCCCAUAUCUGGCCUACAGCAACGGUGGAGGUGCAUUUCUAAUACCGUAUGCAAUCAUGCUGGCAUUGGCUGGCUUGCCAUUGUUUUUUCUGGAGUGUUCAUUGGGUCAGUUCACCAGUCAAGGCCCUAUUUUAGUUUGGCGUAGUGUGCCCUUGUUUCAAGGUGUGGGAAUUACAAUGGUUCUGAUAUCCAUCUUUGUGACAAUAUAUUAUAAUGUUAUAAUUGCAUAUAGCCUUUUCUACCUCUUUGCUUCCUUUCAAAAUCCACUGCCCUGGGCAACAUGUUCACCUCCUUGGUCAGAUAAAAACUGUAGCAGAUCACCAAUAGUCACUCAUUGUGAUGUAGAUCUAGGAACAGAGGUCAUCCACGUUAAUAUGAGCUGGAUGGAUGCCAACAAUUUUACCUGCAGCAAUGGUACUGAAGUUUACCAGCCAGGACAACUUCCCAGUGAACAGUAUUGGAAUAAAGUGGCACUUCAACGGUCAAGUGGAAUAGAUGAGACUGGAAACAUCAUAUGGUAUUUAGCAUUGUGUCUUCUUUUGGCAUGGAUCAUAGUUGGAGCAUCUGUAAUUAAAGGAAUUAAAACUUCUGGAAAGGUGGUAUAUUUUACAGCUAUUUUUCCCUAUGUAGUUUUAAUUAUUCUUCUAAUACGAGGUGCAACUCUAGAGGGGGCAUCGAAGGGAAUUUCCUAUUACAUUGGAUCUGAAUCAGACUUCUCUAAGCUUAUGGAAGCUGAGGUUUGGAAAGAUGCUGCCACCCAAAUAUUUUACUCCCUUUCAGUGGCCUGGGGUGGAUUAGUUGCACUGUCAUCAUACAAUAAGUUUCAAAACAACUGUUUCUCUGAUGCGAUUGUUGUUUGUUUGACAAAUUGCCUCACUAGCGUGUUUGCAGGAUUCGCCAUUUUUUCUAUAUUAGGACACAUGGCACAUAUAUCCGGGCAAGAGGUCUCUCAUGUUGUAAAAUCAGGCUUUGAUUUGGUAUUCAUUGCCUAUCCAGAAGCUCUAGCCCGAAUCCCAGGAGCUCCAUUUUGGUCCAUAUUAUUUUUCUUUAUGCUUGUGACUUUGGGUCUUGAUUCUCAAUUUGCAUCUAUUGAAACAAUUACAACAACAAUCCAAGAUUUAUUUCCCAAGUUAAUGAAGAAAAUGAGGGCUCCUGUAACUUUGGGAUGCUGUUUAGUUUUGUUUCUCCUUGGCCUCGUCUGUGUCACAAAGAGUGGAAUUUAUUGGGUUCGUGUUAUUGACCACUUCUGUGCUGGAUGGGGAAUUUUGCUCGCAGCUAUCCUGGAAAUAAUAGGAAUCAUCUGGAUUUAUGGAGGGAACAGAUUCAUUCAAGAUAUAGAAAUGAUGAUUGGAACAAAGAACUGGAUAUUCUGGUUAUGGUGGAGAGUUUGCUGGUUUGCCAUUACACCAGUCCUGUUGAUUGCAAUUUUAAUUUGGUCAUUGGUCACGUUUAAUAAUCCUGAGUAUGCUGGCAUUCCAUACCCUACCUGGGCCAUUGUCCUUGGAUGGUGCAUGAUUAUAUUUUGUAUUAUUUGGAUUCCAAUUAUGGCUGUCACACAAAUAACUCUGGCCAAUGGAACUAUCUGUCAACGCAUUGUGAGCUGCAUCAGACCAGCUUCUACCUGGGGUCCAUACUUGGAACAACAUCGUGGGGAAAGAUAUAAAGACAUGGUAGGGCCUGAUAGAAUACCUACUGACCAUGAGAUACCGACUAUUACUGCUAUUACGCACUCAAAAUGAAACAUAAUUUUAAACAGUAUGGGUUUGUUGUAUAAUGUGAUUUUUUUUCGAAUAGUGGAAAGUUGUAUUUAUUUGUUUGUUGAGUAGAAAAAUGAGCACUCUAUUUCCUCAGUAUGUCAGGUGUUUUUCCCACUUAAGCAGGAAUGUAAUAUGAAAUGUGAAUUCAUUAAUGUUUAGCAACAAUGUUAUUAUAUUUCUUUUAAGAUUAGUUAUCUGUACAACACACACAUAACUAUUUCACAAUAAAAAUUUUAAUGCCAUAAAGCUUUACUAAUAUAUUGAAACUUUGCUUGAACUGAUUACUUACAAAACAGUUUUUUUUUGGGGGGGGUUGAGAGAUAGCUCAGUGGUCUAAGUACCUGCCUGGCAAGUGCAAGGA